AUGACUCUUGGCUCUGGAGCAUCGAGUGUCGUCGUUCCGAGGAAUUUCCGGUUGCUGGAGGAGCUCGAACGUGGGGAGAAAGGUAUUGGAGAUGGAACAGUGAGCUAUGGAAUGGAUGAUGGAGAUGACAUCUAUAUGCGCUCUUGGACUGGCACUAUCAUCGGUCCUCACAACGUAACUGUUCAUGAAGGUAGAAUCUAUCAGCUGAAGCUCUUCUGUGACAAAGAUUACCCAGAGAAACCACCAACAGUCCGGUUCCAUUCACGUGUCAACAUGACUUGUGUCAACCAUGAAACAGGAGUGGUGGAACCAAAGAAAUUCGGGCUUCUUGCGAACUGGCAAAGGGACUACACGAUGGAGGAUAUACUGACGCAUCUGAAGAAGGAAAUGGCUGCAUCGCAUAACCGCAAGCUUGUUCAACCUCCAGAAGGCACUUGCUUCUAG